UCUCCCAGCCCAGCACAGCCCCCGGCUGCAGGACAGCCCCGCUGCCGGUGCCCUCCUGCCGGGGACGCACUGGGGGGAUCUCCUUGCCCUUCCCUGUGGCACGGAGGCAAAUCCCAUCCUCUCCUUGUCCUUCCUACCCCAGAGCAGGAGCUGAGGAUGGAGACCAGGAAGGACAAAUCCCUGCAGCACAACCUCAUGGAAGAGGCCGUUUUGAGCAACUCCACAGCACAGGAAUCCAACAGGGAGGAAAAGCCCUGGAGAUCCCACACAAGGAGGGGCUGCAAACCCAGCCCAGGGUGCUCUGAGGAGGAAAGGCCCACUCUGGGCCAGGAAGGUGGGCAGAGCUUCAGCCAGAGCUCGGAGCUGGUGGUCCCUGAGAAGCUUCAGAAUGGGGAGAAGCCCUACAAGUGCUUGGAGUGUGGGAAGAGCUUCAGGAAGAGCUCCCACCUGAUCAGGCAUCAGAUGAUCCACACUGGAGAAUGGCCCUACGAGUGUGGGGAGUGUGGGAAGGGCUUCAGCUGCAACUCUGCCCUUGUCACCCACCAACGCAUCCACACCAGGGAGAGGCCCUAUGAGUGUCCCGAGUGUCAGAAGAGGUUUCAGACCAGCUCCCAUCUCCUCCGGCACCAGCGGAUUCACACGGAUGAGAGGCCCUUCCGCUGCCCCGACUGCGGGAAGGGCUUCAAGCACAACUCCACCCUCAUCACCCACCAGUGCAUCCACACUGGGGAGAGGCCCUACGAGUGUGGGAAAUGUGGGAUGAGCUUCAGCCAGAGAUCCAACCUGAUCCGCCACCAGAGGAUUCACACUGGGGAGAGGCCCUAUGAGUGUGGGGAAUGUGGGAAGAGCUUCAGCCAGAGAUCCAACCUGAUCCACCACCAGAUGAUCCACACUGGGGAACGGCCAUACAAAUGUGGGGAAUGUGGGAAGGGCUUCAGCCGAAGGUCCCAACUGAUCACCCACCAAAUGAUCCACACUGGGGAGAGGCCCUACGAAUGUCCCGAGUGUAAGAAGAGGUUUCAGGCCAGAUCAAAUCUCCUUCUGCACUGGCGGACCCACACUGGGGAGAGGCCCUACGAGUGUCCUCAGUGUGGGAAGAGCUUCUCCAGGAGCUCUCACUUGACCAAACACCAACGGAGGCACCGGUAAGGGAAGCCCUGUGAAUGCCCCGACUGCAGGAAGAGCUUCGUGUCCUGCUCCAACUCCAUCCCCCAUGGGAGGACCCAUGUUGGUCAGAGCCCUGAUGACCCACAUUCCCUGUGAUCCCUGCUGAGAAGACACCUGGCUGGUAGUCUCCACGUCCUCCUGGAUUCCCAUAGACACCUGGAUGAACACGGCAGGAACAUCCAUCGGCACUCUGAUCACCAUUGAAAAUUAAUUGGGAAGAGCUGUUUCUUUGACUUUACAGCACGAAAAUAUCUCACCUGCUGUGUCAUUUUUUCUUCUUAUGGCAUCAAGCAACAAUGAAUGAUCUUGGAGAUCUUUUCCUACCUGAAUAAUUUCCAUGUUUAUCCCAUCAAAACACCUAGAAUUGGGGUAAAAAUAAAGAAAUUAAGCAAAGAGAUCUAAAGCUGAAUCUAAGUCUGUCCCAGUUCCCGCCCUGGGUAUGGUCUCCCCAUGCAGGGUACCCCCCACAAAGCGCCCAAAUCACUGAUGAAGUGCCCGGGCUGAUCCUGGCUGUGGAUUUUCCUGUCCACCAACCUCUCCUGGUGUAAGAGGCCAUCUGAAGACCCUCACUCAUUUGUCUGCCAAUUGCCACGAGAAGAAAAGUCCCCCCAACUCCCCCCCCCCCCCCCCGCUGUAGUUCCAGCUUGGAGGAGGCAACAGUGCAGGUGCAGCCACUGCACCGUCAUGCCGGCUGUUCCCAACGAGGCCUGGCAAGGACUUGGCAAGCAGUUGGCUGGAACUUGGUGACGACCCAGCAUGGACCCAGCACAGGGCGGACUACUGCAAUUCCUGCUUCACUCUCCACCUUUAAGCCGAAUGAACUGUUGGGGUGACUCUGGUGGUCUCUCACUGCAGACCCCUCAUCUGCCUCGUUACCACCGUGACAGACAGAGAACAAGAACCCUCUCCACAAGGACUGAGACUGAGACCCUGACCACAGAGAGUGGGGGGGAGAAUGACAUGACCUGUUCUUCUCCAGAAACUUCAAUGGACUUAUUCUUCAUUGUGUUUGUUCUGCCUGGAUGAUUUUCAGUAGAUUCACCUGUCCCCCCCACAGCAAUUUCAAUAGACUCUCAUUGCUCUGCAUGUUCCCCCCUUUUUCCUCUGUGGACUAUAACUGGACCCCUGGGUUGGGCGGGACUUUGCAGACUCUCCCCAGCACAAGAAGACGGAUCCCCAUGGUCCGGACCAGUGAGGAUCUGGCCUGUGUUGGCAGCUAUUCCCAUCCCCCUCUCCUCUCUCUCCCUCUCUAUCCUUCUUAUUUCUUUUCUGACCCCACUAUGGUAUUUAUUGUUCUGACCCCUAAUAAAGGUGCAUUUGUUGUGAUUAAA